UGUAAAAACUGAACUUUGAUGCCUUGAAUAUACAAUGAUUCAUUAUAACAAUUAUGCAUAGACUUUAAUAAUCUGCAUAUUUUAUGCUUCUUUCAUGUUUUCCUAAUUAAUGAUUUGACAUGGUUAGUAAUUGUAAUAUAUUCUGCAUCACAUAGUUUCCAUAAUUAUGCUAAAUAAGCACUUAAAAAUUAAUAGUUUUGUUCUACCUGCUUAAAUAUUGCUUUCCUCAAAAAGAGAAAAUAAAAAUGCUAGAUUUUACUUUAUAAUUUGAAUCAUUAUAAUGUUGAACUCUAGUAUUUAGAAUUAGAAUAUUUCUUAGUGAUUGUGUAGUUAUUUUUAUGUAAUCAGUGGGUAAUUUGUUAGCUCCUAAUAACAAAAGUAUAUUGCUUACGUUUCACAUUAUGGAUUUCCUAAUGUAAUGUUCUCUUUUUAGAAAAGGUGGACAAGUCCUAUUUUCAAGAGAAGAUGACUUUUAACAGUUUUGAAGGAUCUAAAACUUGUAUACCUGCAGACAUCAAUAAGGAUGAAGAAUUUGUAGAAGAGUUUAAUAGAUUAAAAACUUUUGCUAAUUUUCCAAGUAGUAGUCCUAUUUCAGCAUCAACGCUGGCCCGAGCAGGUUUUCUUUAUACUGGUGAAGGAGAUACUGUGCGGUGCUUUAGUUGUCAUGCAGCAGUAGAUAGGUGGCAAUAUGGAGACUCAGCAAUUGGAAGACACAGGAAAGUAUCCCCAAAUUGCAGAUUUAUCAACGGCUUUUAUUUUGAAAAUAGUGCCAUGCAACCUACAAAUACUGGUGUCCAAAAUGGUCAGUACAAAGUUGAAAACCACUUGGGAAACAGAAAUCACUUUGCUUUAGACAGACCAUCUGAAACUCAUGCAGACUAUCUUUUGAGAACUGGACAGGUUGUAGAUAUAUCAGACACCAUAUACCCGAGGAACCCUGCCAUGUGUAGUGAAGAAGCUAGAUUAAAGUCAUUUCAGAACUGGCCUGACUAUGCCCAUUUAACACCAAGAGAGUUAGCUAGCGCUGGACUCUACUACACAGGUAUUGAUGACCAAGUGCAGUGCUUCUGUUGUGGUGGAAAACUGAAAAAUUGGGAACCUUGUGAUCGCGCCUGGUCAGAACACAGGCGACACUUUCCUAAUUGCUUCUUUGUUUUGGGCCGGAACACUAAUAUUCGAAGUGAAUCUGAUGUUGUGAGUUCUGAUAGGAAUUUUCCAAAUUCAACAAAUCCUCCAAGAAAUCCAUCCAUGGCAGAUUAUGAAGCACGGAUCAUUACUUUUGGGACGUGGAUAUACUCAGUUAACAAGGAGCAGCUUGCAAGAGCUGGAUUUUAUGCUUUAGGUGAAGGUGAUAAAGUAAAAUGUUUUCACUGUGGAGGAGGGCUAACUGAUUGGAAGCCCAGUGAAGACCCUUGGGAACAACAUGCUAAGUGGUAUCCAGGGUGUAAAUAUCUGUUAGAAGAGAAGGGACAAGAAUAUAUAAACAAUAUUCAUUUAACCCAUUCACUUGAGGAAUCUUUGGCAAGAACUGCUGAAAAAACACCAUCACUAACAAAAAUAAUUGAUGAUACCAUCUUCCAAAAUCCUAUGGUACUAGAAGCUAUUAGAAUGGGAUUCAGCUUCAAGGACAUUAAGAAAAUAAUGGAGGAGAAAAUUCAGACAUCUGGGAGCAACUAUAAAUCACUUGAGGUUCUGGUUGCAGAUCUAGUGAGUGCUCAGAAAGACAGUACACAAGAUGAGUCAAGUCAGACUUCAUUGCAGAAAGAGAUUAGUACUGAAGAACAGCUGCGGCGACUGCAAGAGGAAAAGCUUUGCAAAAUCUGUAUGGAUAGAAAUAUUGCUGUAGUUUUUAUUCCUUGUGGACAUCUGGUCACUUGUAAACAAUGUGCUGAAGCAGUUGACAAAUGUCCCAUGUGCUACACAGUCAUUACUUUCAAGCAAAAGAUUUUUAUGUCUUAGUCUAACUCUAUAGUAGGCGUGUUCUUCUUAUUACCCUGAUUGAAUGUGUGAUAUGAAUGGGCUUUAAGUAAUCAGCAUUGAGUUCCAAUAGCAUUUGCUACCAAGUAGGAAAAAAAUGUAAAUGGCAGUGGCGAUCUAAACUUAUUUGGCAAUCUAAACUUUGAAUUUCUGGAUUGUUUUCAGGGUAUUAGCUGUAUUAUUUAUCCUUUUUUUCCUUACUGUUAUUUAAUUGAAGCCCUAGUCUAAGAAGCAUCAUAUUAUAAAACUGAUCACAAUGUGUAUUGGUAAUAUACUGACUUAGUUUCUAAGUAUAAGCGAAUUAAUCAUCUGAAUUUUUCAUUCUUUUCAGAUAGGCUUAACAAAUGGAGCAUUCUGUAUAAACGUGGAGAUUAGUGUUAAUCUCCCCAAUCAUAUACUUUGUUUUGUGUGAAAAAGGAAUGAACUAUUCCACACUGUUGGAAAGAUAGAGAUU